AUGGUGGGAGAGCAACACCUUCCGUUUGUCCUCUACGCGGUAUGCACUGCUGUGCUUCUUGCUCAAGGAAGUCAAGGUACCAUGAAUUAUUUGCUUAUUGAAAUGUUUUGAGAUAUGCUUUUGAAUGCUGAUAUUUGAUGGUCAUUUUCUACGGUAAAAUUCAUGAAAGAUUCAUUUCAAGAAGGGAUGCAGGAAUCGGGGGUGGGGCGCACAAGGAAAGCGCAAGUUACGGAACUAUGUUCAAGGCCAUUGCGCUCAAGGCGUUUUGAAAUUAUUAAAAAUAUGUACUGCAGCCACCGUAAAUAGCCCAGAGGCAACGGAAGCUUACUUUUACUAAGACACUUUUCUUCUCUUUAUAAUAGCAACCAGUUUGAAAGCUGGAAAAACCAACGUCACUGUGCAAAGUCCAUUGUUGUUCGCUUGUGAGACAAUUACAUUUGCUGAAUCGUUCUCUGGUGGAAAGCAAGUAAAAGUCUUUGCUUCCUUUGGUCACUCAGUUAACAACCAGGCCCGUGGUAAUGGUGCUGCUAUUUGGGUGGCAUCGGCAGAUAGAACUCAAUUCCGCGAUUGUAUCUACGAGUACAGCAACGGCUCAAAUUCAACUGCUGAGAUAAACUGGAUUGCCCUACAAUCUGCUCCCAAAGGAGCACAACUAGGAACCACUUCCCUGGACUCUUGGACUACCGGGACAGAAUGUAAAAAGAUCGACUUUCCUCAGGUACGUUCAUUUGUGCUAGGAUUACCUACAAGGUGCCCAUGAAGGAUUAAUCUUAAAAAGGCAGAAACUGGUGAGUCAUGCAAGGUAUAGUCAAAAGAUGUAACUCACGGCCGCAAAUGCGAUUUCUCUUAAGGAACUUAACCGGCUGUCAGUCAAUGAAUUUAGGCAGAAAAUUGACGUCACUUAAGCUGAAAGUUCAAUUACCUACAAUUAGAUACAUGCUGUUAUGCACGGACUUCAUGAUUUAACGGGUAAUGACGAUAAAAGUCUAAAAGGUGAAUCGUUAAUUUGUUUUCAGAACGAUUAGUACAAUGAUACAACGUAUAUUUUAAUGUGAUCUUUUGUUACGCGGCUCUCCCUCUUUGUCUUCCUGUGUUUUGUUUGUCUGUUUUUUUUUUUUUUUUUUUUUUUUGGAAUGCGCAAUAUUAUAACUAAAACAGAUGUCCACUCCAUGACCAACACUAGCCCAACCAUUCAUAUUAUCCCCUACCCCCCGUCCACGACCUUAAACCCUCUCACUCUUUCAUCCGUAUUUGAUUAUUACACUCUCAUAUAUACGAGUCUAAAAGCAUUAAAGCAUUAUUAUGUGGCAUUCACAUUUAAAUGAUAUGGAAAUUCCUGAAACAAAACGUUUUAACCCCAAAGGGUUUGAAUUGGGUACAACAUUGAGUUAGCCGAAUUGGUCUAUUUAAAUAACUUUACACAAAGUAAUUAUAUUUUACGAUAGCUCGUACUGUUUGUAAAAUAUUUUUGUCCUUUUCUCAAGGUCCCUGAUUAUAAAUUGGGUGUUUACACCGUGAUGAAUAAGUUGUAAAUUUCGUUCGUCUUUUUUUGUUUUUUUCUUUUUUUUAGGGUCCUUUAACUCAUUCAUCCUUUUUCUUUCCUUAUUUAAAGCGUUUUGCGACUCCUCCAAUCGUACUUGCGACUCCUAGUCACCAGUUUCCUGAGAGACCUCAAGACGCCAUGGCAGUGUGGGUGGAGGAGUUGACCGAAGACAGUUUUAAAAUCUGUCUUAGGGAAGUGAAAAUUUUCGACGGACUUCACAAAGGCAUUACUAUUGUAAGCAGAGUUAAAAUACUUUUAUCCAAGUGCAUCGACUUUUCUUAGCUACACAUAUAUUGUAUUGUAUACAGAUUUACCAGAAUACUUACAAAAUAUAUAGUCGAACUAACCAUACAUUUUUAGCUUCGAAAUAUCAUUCCUCGCAGUUAUUCCUUUAUUAGUGCCUAAACUACAUAAGAAAGGACAAAUAUGUGUAUAAAAUACCUACAGUUAUAAGAAAGUAAUUGAUUCUAUUAGAACCACCCUCAAGACAUUUGGUAAAAAGCAAAUAAAUACCAAAUUAAAAGAAACAAAAACUGCCAGUGCAAUCACAUCUCUGUUAUCAUGUGUACAUGAGCAAAGGUACUCAAAUAUAUACUUAGGUUAUCGGCUCAGUAUUCGUUUUGUUAAAUUAUAAUCAGGUUCCUACUUGAGUAGAACUUCUAUAGGGACUGGUCCCAUUCCGUGGAUAACUGACUCACUAACCUUAAAUGUCGUUUUAUUUUUUGGUUGUUGUAGAACUGGAUGGCUUAUACAAACCUUAGAGUCGAUAACUUCACCUUAUCUGACAGUCUUGUGUUUACGAGCAACAACGCGCCAUCAGAACAGAUUGACCAUGCCUUUUGCCAGGUAAAGUGUAAUAUACUCUUAUUACUUACUUACUUAACCAAUUAAUUAAUUAAUUACUUCAUUUAUUCAUUCGUUUUUUGAUGAUUUACAAUUGUACCAUGAAUUUCACUU